UUAGGGAAAGGGGAAACGUGCAUCAAUGAAAAAAACAACAAUAUUAUGAUGAAGGGAAGAUGAAUUAUACUCUUUUUUUUAAACAAUCGUUAUCUAUUGGAUUUAAUUUCCGACUUUGAUACUAGCCGACUCGGAAGAAAAUGUAUAAAUGGCGAUGUAAUAGCGGUGGGGAAAAGGAGUGACUGAUUUCAAACAGGACUAAAUAAUAUAAUAAUAUAUAUAAUAUUUUAAUAAUCGUCGACGAAGUGUGAACGAAACUCAUGUUCCAAGUCGGUUUAUGAUCAGCCGGGAAGCACCCGUGGGGGAAAAAAAAGCCCAGCAGAAAACGUGGCGUAGAAGAAGACGUGGAGGCCGGAAAACGGUGCCCAAGGAAGAAAUCCAAAAUGUCUGCCCCGAAAAGCAUCCCCAAAGAUGCUCAGGUGAUGAUCCAGAUCCUGAAGGACAUGGGCGUCACCGAUUACGAGCCCCGCGUCAUUAACCAGAUGUUGGAAUUCACUUACAGAUAUGUGACGAGCAUCAUCGAGGAUGCCAAGAUCUACGCCACGCACGCCAAGAAGUCCAACGUGGAUGCCGAUGACAUCAAACUGGCCAUUCAGUGCCGGAUGGACCAGUCAUUCACGUCGCCGCCGCCCAGAGAUUUCCUGUUGGAAGUGGCCCGACAGAAGAACCAGACGCCGCUGCCCCUCAUCAAGCCCUACACGGGGCCCCGCCUGCCCCCGGACCGCUACUGCCUGACCGCCCCCAACUACCGCCUCAAGUUUCUCCCCAAGAAGGUGGCGUCGGCCGGCAGGAUAUCGGCACCUCGCCUCAGCGCCGUCUCCAGCAGACCGGCCACACCCACGCUCGGAAACGCGUCGGUUCAAUCGGCGGGCGGCGGCAAGGCGGGAACCCCGGUGUCGCUGGCGGGUCAGAGGUUCGCCGUGCAGAUCCCGCCUCCCUCGCAGAGCGGCGGUACUAAAAGCGCGCCGCUCAGCGCGCCCGCCACGUCCAGCGUGCUCAUCAACUCCUCGCUGAUUGGCUCCAAGAACAUCCUCAUCACCACCAACAUGGCGGCUCAGAGCACCGGCGGCGGCGAGUCGCUCAAGAGGAAACACCAGGAUGACGACGACUACGACGCCAUGUGACAAUACGCAACAGGACACGCAAACACGCCCUCUCUCGCACACGCACGCGAUCGCACUCGGCAUUCUGCGAAGCUGCCGCACCAAGACAAACUUUCAAGCUCCGCCGCAUUGACGACACAAUGACUUUUCGUUUUGUUUUUCACCUUUAAUCCUAAAAACAAUUUCAAAUAAAAUAAACCAUGUGAAUGAUUAUAA